UUUUUUUUUUUUUUUUUUUUUCGCCGUACUUGCUGGGUAGCAAUCUCCCGAGCUAUCAUACUAGGCUGGCGUGUUGCAUAAACCGUCUUGUCUUCGUGGGGCAUCACACUUCAGGAUAAAGCGCAGUGGUCCUUAUAUCAACUGGCCCAACCUGCCGUCGACAUCAUCUCCUUCUAGAUAGUCUUUCGGAUCAUCUCUAGCAGUGACUGCACCUCUCUUUUCGCCAAUGACAAUGUUGGCGACGGCAGACCCAGCAUCUCGAGCUUCUGCCGGCCAGGAGUCGAGACUUCUGAGAAGCAUAUUCCUUGUCAGCAAUAUUCACUGUUCCUCUUGCGUCGCAUACAUCAAUGAGGUUCUAUCAGACCUUGGUGGAGUGAAAGAUAUCGACGUCUCAGUUCUCACACACGAAGUACGCGUCGUUCACCAUGCCGAAGCGGAUCCAUCACACCUAGCCACAGCUUUGGUUGAAGCUGCUUUUGAUGUUCACCACGUCACAACCUAUGAGCCCAGAGGAUCGGUGAUAUCCGAGCUUGAUACGACUUCAUGGUUGCCCCGCGACUCGGUACGGUUCACCACUCAACCCAACUCGAGUUCCAAUCCCAUAUCGGGAAGCAGACAUGUCGAGAACUGUGACGCCUGCAGGAAAGAGGAGUUGGACAGGCUUACGGCUGGCGAGGACAUAGCAGAUGGUGCUUAUCGCCAACCUCAAGAUCGAUACAGUGGCCUUCGAACCGACGGCAAACCCUCCCCAUCCGAAUCGGAAUUCCAAAGUUUAGUACCGCAAGGGCCCGCAAAGAGCGUCACAUCCGUGGGGUCACAGCCCGAAGAUGAAAAGUUCAAUGCUCGUAUAAGCAUUGGCGGGAUGAGCUGCGCAUCGUGUGCGAACAGCAUCACGAACGAAGUCAAACAAUUGGACUUCAUCGAGGAUAUUACCGUCAAUCUUCUCACCAACAGCGCCGCAGUGGUCUUCGCCGGCCCUCAGUCCAACAUAGAAAAGGUCGUUGAGCAGAUCGAGGAUAUCGGUUUCGAAGCAUCACUUGAUGAAGUCAAUAAGGUCAAGGUGCCCUCUCCGCGCAAGGAAAUCCCCUCCUCGACCUUCGUUGCUGAGAUUUCCAUCGGGGGCAUGACUUGUGGCUCGUGUUCAGGGGCUGUCACUCGAGGGCUUGAGGAGCUAACCUUUGUCACUGAAGUCUCAGUCAACCUCUUGACCCACAGUGGAAGAGUCCAGUUCGAGGGGCGUGAACACGUUGAUGAUAUUGUGGAAAAGAUUGAAGACUUAGGCUACGAUGCUUCAGUCAAUAGUGUGCUUCCCCUGCUAACGGAUGAUGAUGGUGAUGAUGCGACCGUCGAAGAGAGAACCGUGUCCAUCCAUGUGGAUGGUAUGUUCUGUCAUCACUGCCCCGAAAAGGUUUUCCGGGCUUUGGAUGGACUCCCCGACGUGACAGUUGAUGGCAGUCUGUCCGUUAAGAAUCCAAUUUUGGCGGUUACUUAUACGCCCAAGCCGCCAUCUCUCACGGUGAGAAAGAUCCUUCAAACAAUCAAUACAGCUCACGACCUAUUCACCGCCACUGUUUAUCGUCCCCCGAGCAUUGAGGAUCGAUCACGGGCUAUGCAGCGCCACGAAAGACGUCGACUGCUUACCCGAUUUCUCUUCGUUCUCAUCGUGGCAAUUCCCACUUUUCUCCUUGGCAUCGUGUUCAUGAGUCUGGUGCCGUCAGGGAACAAAACCCGCAAGUAUUUGGAAGAACCCAUGUGGGCUGGUGAUGCCUCGCGCCUUGAAUGGGCCCUUUUCAUCAUGACUACGCCAGUCAUGUUCUACGGCGCUGAUAUCUUCCACGUGCGGGCGAUGAAAGAGGUUUAUUCCCUGUGGCGUCCCGGAAGUCGUGCACCGCUUCUGCGCAGGUUUUAUCGCUUUGGCAGCAUGAAUCUUCUCAUCUCCGCCGGAACCACGGUUGCCUAUGUCUCAUCUUUGGCUGUUCUGAUCAUGGAUGCAGCCAUGGGAUCAACCUCCAACACACACAGCUCAACUUACUUCGACACUGUCGUAUUCCUCACCAUGUUCAUUCUUGCUGGCAGGUUCAUGGAAGCGUACAGCAAGGCGAAGACUGGCGAUGCGGUCGCAUCUCUUGGAAAGCUGCGGCCGACAGAGGCUUUGUUGAGAGUCGGCGCAAGCAAUGCAGACCCAUCUGGAGACGACGACAGGCCCGCGGACGAUGGGUAUGAGCGGAUCAAUAUCGACCUGCUAGAGAUCGGCGACGUCGUCAGCAUACCUCACGGUGCAUCGCCCCCGGCGGAUGGUGUUGUCGUUGGAACCGGAUCCUAUCAAUUCGAUGAAAGCUCGUUGACGGGAGAAUCUAAACCAGUCAGCAAAUCCGCGGGUGAUCAAGUCUUUACGGGGUCUGUGAAUGUGGGACAGCCUGUCGAGGUCAAGGUGUCUGCAAUUGGGGGAUCUUCAAUGUUGGAUCAAAUCAUCUCUGUUGUGCGAGAAGGUCAGAGCAGACGUGCGCCUCUCGAGAGAGUCGCGGACUUGCUCACUUCCCACUUUGUUCCGAUUAUCACCCUGGUUGCAAUUCUGACGUUCGUCAUCUGGCUCUCUCUCGGGCUUUCAGGAACGCUGCCCCAGGAUUACCUUGACAUUGCACGCGGUGGAUGGACGUUCUGGAGCCUAGAGUUUGCGAUCGCGGUGUUUGUUGUGGCCUGUCCCUGUGGUUUGGCACUCGCCGCGCCAACCGCACUUUUCGUCGGGGGUGGGUUGGCUGCUAAACAGGGCAUCUUGGUCAAAGGAGGAGGGGAGGCCUUCCAAGAAGCAAGCCGCCUUGACGCCAUUGUGUUCGACAAGACGGGGACUCUCACGGAGGGCGGCAGUCUGCAGGUAUCCGACCAUGAAACCAUCACUACGGACCCCCGCAUGAUGCAGGUGGCCUGGACUCUGGCCCGGAAGCUCGAGGAAAGUAGUAAUCACCCAAUCGCUCGGGCCAUCUCUACAUUCUGCCGAGAGAAGCCCUCGGUCCCGGUUACAGGUGCAGACAUUGAAGAAAUAUCCGGUCAAGGGAUGAAAGGAGUGUUCACCGUGACAGUGGAAAAAACCACCGAGAAAUCCGAGAGUACAGUUCAAUAUGAAGCUGCUAUUGGCAAUCAGCGCCUUUUGCAAAGCCUGGCAACCUCCGGUGACGAUGACGGCCAUCUUUCCAAGGUUCUCUUGAAGUACCAGGCUGCUGGCAAGUCCACUGCAAUCUUGUCGCUCCGCCCAAUGGACGUCAGCGCCACGGACAGCCCUUCCUUUUCAACUGCAAUUGUUUUUGCAAUCUCUGAUUCUAUCCGGCCUGAUGCUGUAGAGGUGAUCUCGAAGCUCCAGAAGCGCAAAGUCAGCGUGUUCAUGUGCACAGGCGACAACCAGACAACUGCACACGCCGUCGCAGACAUGGUGGGCAUCCCCCGAUCCAACGUCAUGGCGAACGUGAUGCCAGGAGGAAAGGCAGAUUUUGUCCGUAAAGUUCAAGACGGCAAUCUCACCCCCCGAACAGAUUCCGAGGCUGAAAGUCAGCGGAGCGAAAAUGGGACCCGGUCCAUCGUCGCCUUUGUCGGGGACGGCGUGAACGACUCUCCCGCCCUUGCAGCAGCAGAUGUGAGCAUCGCCAUGGCUUCCGGGUCUGAUGUGGCCAUGAACUCCGCCAGUUUUAUUCUCCUAAACUCCGAACUCGACACAAUCCUGCAGCUCGUCUUACUUAGCCGUCGCGUCUUCAAUCGCGUAAAGUUGAACUUCGGUUGGGCGUUGGUGUACAAUUGCUGCCUGGUGCCUGUCGCUGCCGGGGUCUUUUAUCCCAUCGUUAGUGGCCACAAGCAUGAAAUGGUGGGCGAUGCGCUUAUUACGGUCAAUACACACUGGAGACUUAGCCCCGUCUGGGCUGCAUUGGCAAUGGCUCUGAGCAGCAUUUCGGUUGUUUGCAGCAGUCUUGCGUUGGGAAUCGAUAGGAGGACGAUGCGAAAGUUGUUCCGUUUGCCAAACUAGGCAAUCAUGUCCGUCAUGGAUUUGCUAUGCUCUGUUUCUUCAUCUGGGAUAUUUGGUAAUUCGAUCCGAGGAUUCGCUGGGAAAUGGACUUUCGGGUGCUUUUAUAUAUCUAUAUUUCGAUGUAUGUUCUUUAACAUGGACAUUUAGCAUAACUCCAACGGAAAUUGGAUCGUCUUGAUGAUGACGAUGAUGAUGAAUGGGAUUGUUUAUCCAUAUAGUGUUAUUUUGAG